GUUGUGUGUGUGUGUGUUCGUGCGAAACCCUUCGUGCGAGGCCCCAUAGGGAGUUCCACUGAAAGCGGUGCCCGCAAUGCGGCACUUGCUGCUGCAUAUGGUUGGGUCUUUCGAUAGGCUAAUUUCCUGUGUUCCGUCGGCGUGAGUGGCUCCGAGCUUCAGGCCGCCUGGAGGCGCGCUCGAGCUUGCACUCAAAGGGCCAGCGCAGCGUUUGUGAUGAGCUGUGGAGCAGUCGCAGCUGACGACGGCGGCGAGGGAACUGUACAUGAGGUGGUGACAGGGGCGUUUUCCCGGUACAACACGGGCAUUGAUGCCAGCAAGUUUGGCGACGAGCACGCUCGGAAAUUUUAUCAGUACCUUCACGAGCAUGGUGGGCGAAGCCUAGGCAAAGAGUUGUCCGUCAAAAGACGCCUGGUUGUGAGACCCACUGUUCCUGGGAAGAAGACGGAUACACUUUUAGUUCGGUCCGACAAUUUUGACAGAAUGUUGUUUAUCUUUCUUUUCUUCAUUAGAGCCCGGUGGUCUUUGUUCUUGCGGCGGAACAGUGGGCUGUAUGUUCUGCCCGUGCUCUUUUUGUUCUCUCAGUACUUUUAUGCAGGCCCCGAUCGCCUUUGUGACACCACAACAUGGGCGUUUAUCAAGUGUUAUGAGGAGCUGCUUCUGAUAUGGGAUACCUUGCCCGACGUGGCGGUGGUCGCCGAGUUCAUGUUGUAUAAUGUUUUUACUGGUGCUCCGCAGCCUUACGGACCUGAGCUUACCGCCACGUUUCGAGGGUGCUACAAUCAGAGGAACCGCGCGGAUUUUCCGAAAUUUUUGCAGGCCUGCCGGGAGGGUGGUGUAUUUUUCCGUUUGGGAGAGCACAUCACAAAAAUCAUGGAUGCAUCAACUUCGGUUCCCUGGCUGCUCGGGUCGAUGGCGCAGAUAGAGGCUGCGUUGCUUGGCGUCAAAGGAAUUGGCGCUUUCAAUGCGAAGGAGUUUUUGUGGCACAUCAUCUUGCUUCACGAGGCGCGUACUAACGCGCAUUCACCUUUACGCGAGUAUUUCGUUGGCAAGAGUUUGUUCGGGAACGGUGCCUGCGACGGGUUGCGUAUAUUCUAUCCUCUUCUCACUGCCUCGCGCAUUGAUGAUGCCGCUCGCGACUUGUACUCGGCAUUAGAGGAUCUGGGCAUUUGGUUGCCCUGCAUGCAUUCGUUGCAGUGGAAGUUGUGCUUGUUUCAGAAAUCGCUCAACGCGUGCUACACGAGGCCGGCGCCUGGGGACAGAUCCAUGGUGAAGGAGCCCAGCCGUGUCAAGAUCUGGGCGCAGUUGCUUCGACAUCCCCACUGGCCAUCCCUCCGUCGAGAAAUCCUCUCAUAUGGUUUGGGGAAUGAGUUGUGUCAUUUUGAACAUUCGAUUGAGGUCCUGCAGAAUGUGCCCAGGCACUUGCCAGGCCACGUUACGUGUCGCACGUGCUUGGGUCUUUCAACGAGAAGCCACGGAUCGUGACAAGCUCACUAUACGUGCUACCGGUUGAUACAGGAUGCACGCGCGACGAGCCGGCAGCGCCCUCUGACGCAGUUUUUUCGAGUGGCCCCUUCUGAGGCUCCAGUGUAAGGUCGCUGCAGCCGGGAACAUCCCGCUGCCUUCGCCGCCAGCCUCCGGUUCCUGCUCCCGCCAGUUUUUCUCCUGUCGGGAUCCUGCAACGGGUGCGUGUGCCCUGGGGUGGGUGUGAGCACGGUCCGUUGGCGCACCGAACCGCUCAGGACAAAUGCCCCCGGCUGCCGGGAGCCCCCGAUGGUUG